UGAAAUAUCCUCUAAAAAGUAUAAUUUCUCGAAAGAUGAUACUUUGACUAUAUCUACAACCAUAUCUACAACUGAGAGUAAUUCGAAUUCAUUUGAUGAUGAUGACGACAGUUUUGAGGAUCUUGAUCACCUUAUUAAUGAACGACACAUAAAGGUAACUAAUUGUGAAGCUCAUUUCGAGGAUUCGGAACCUGACCCAAGAGAACAAUUUAAAUGUCAUUGGAAUGUACCCGCUCCAAAAUUUGAUAAAAAUGGUCAUUACAUAAAUAAUGACAAAACCAACACGUCUGAAAAAAAAUUUCUAGUUACAUGUCUUAAUGAACAAAUAAGUCAUCAUCCUCCUGUAUCAGCUUUUCAUUAUCACUGUGAAGAAACGG